CAAAGUAUGACAUGACAGCAGGUCACUGUUGGUGCAACUAAGAAGAGGAAAAAACUUCAUUUCAAGUCUGAUACACUGAGCCAGGGGUUGGAAAUUGGAAUUGCAAACACAUAGGCCUACAGUAAAUAGCAAUUUUGUGCUUGGAAACGCACAGGUGAUCCCAAGUUAUCCGAUAGUGUACUGCUCUGAUGGAUUCUGCGAACUCACUGGGUUUGUCCGAGCCGAGGUUAUGCAGAAGAGUUGUGCGUGCAAAUUCCUUUACGGAAGCCAGACUGAGAUUGAAAAAAUCGAAGAGAUUGAAAAGUCGUUGGAAAAUAAAGUUGAAAUGAAGACAGAAGUGAUGUUUAGGACGAAGGAUGGCUCUGAGUUUUGCUGCCUCUUAGAUAUAGUUCCCAUACGGAAUGAGAAAGGAGAAGUCGUCCUGUUUCUCGCAUCACAUAAGGAUAUAACACAUACGAAGAUGAGUUCGUUCAUGUUUAAAGAAGACGGGGAAGAUGAGGAGGACGAUGAUGAUAUACAAACAGAUCUUUUUGGUGAUGAAAAGCCACCAAAUGGAAUUUACCAGAGAAGGAGGAGUCGAGCAGUUCUGUAUCAUUUAUCAGGGCACCUAAAAGAACAAGAGAAAAAACGAAGAAAGCUAAAACUAAACAGUACAUUACUUGCCCCAAAACAAACCAACCUACCAGAAUAUAAGGUAGCAGCUAUGCAAAAAUCGCAGUUUAUUUUUCUUCACUACAGUACAUUUAAAACAAUAUGGGAUUGUAUUAUAUUAUUAGCCACGUUUUACAUAGCAGUUGUUGUACCGUAUAAUGUUAGCUUCUUGAGCUAUGAUGAUGAUGGGAAGCCCAGGAAAUCUAAAACAAUAGUACCAGAUAUAAUAGUAGAAGUUCUGUUUAUAUUAGAUCUUGUUAUCAAUUUUCGAACAACGUUUGUGAGUAAAGACGGAACAGUGAUAUACCAUCCACCUCAAAUAGCCAUUAACUAUCUCAAAACAUGGUUCUUCGUUGAUUUAGUCGCUGCAAUACCUUUUGAUCUUAUAACUUUGAUUUUCUCAAUUGAUACAAUUUGGAAAAAUAUCGGGAUGCUAAAGAUUGUGCGACUAUUGCGCUUGCUACGAGUCAAAAUAGAUCGAUAUUCCCAGUACAGUGCCAUAGUUUUAGUGUGCCUUACGUUGGGAUUUGGACUCCUUGCUCAUUGGUUAGCAUGCAUCUGGUACAUCAUAGGAACUAAAGAAAUUGAAAAAAAUGAGGAUCAGUUAAAUUGGCAAAUAGGUUGGAUCAACGAGCUGACUGUAUCGUUAGGUCAAAGUUACUAUACGAACCUCACACUACAAAGUCAAUACGUCACCGCAUUGUAUUACACUUUGAGUAGUAUGACGAGUGUCGGAUUUGGCAACGUUUCAGCAAACACAGAUGCUGAGAAAAUAUUCACAAUAAUUGUCAUGUUAAUAGGAGCUCUCAGUCAUGCGGCAGUGUUUGGUAACGUGACAGCACUGAUUCAACGAAUGUAUGCAAGACGGGCACUUUAUCACACCAAGUGCAAAGAUUUAAAAGACUUUAUUCAGUCCCAUAAUGUUCCAUUGGACCUAAAAAACAGGAUGCAAGAUUAUUUCCAAACAUCUUGGUCUGUCAACAUGGGCAUCGAUGAAAUUGAGAUGCUGCAAAUGUUUCCAGAGGAGCUACGUGCAGACAUCUCAAUGCAUCUUAACAAAGAAAUCCUCUCUCUCCCAAUCUUUCAAGAAGCAAGUCAAGGUUGCAGAAGGUCUUUGUCAUUACGGAUGAAAAGUGCGUUUUCUGCUCCUGGAGAAUACCUCAUCCACAAAGGAGAUGCUCUCAAUAUGAUUUACUUUGUUUUAAAUGGUUCACUUGAAGUGCUACGUUCAGGCAUGGUAGCUGCAAUUUUAGGUAAAGGUGAUCUGUUUGGUUGUGACCUCUAUGACACCGACUCCAUCAUCCAAUCAAAUGGUGACGUACAUGCCUUGACAUAUUGUGACAUUCAGUCGAUUUCAAGGCAAAGUCUACUUGAAGUUUUGCAUAAUUACCCAGAAUACUUAGAGUCAUUUAAAGAGGAAAUUGCAAGGGAUUUAACCUUUAACCUUAGAGAAGGGGCUGAUUAUGAGACGGAUAAAAUAGCCUUUGGGAAUACGGAAAAGAACAUUGCACGAAGCAGAUUACCAUCAAUCAAUGAAGAUGAUGAGGACCAUGAAGCAAUAGAUACUAGAAGCAAUAAUAGUGACACUAAAACCAUGGAAACAAGCUUCAAGGAAAAAGGCGGUCAUCUGGAGGUGAACACAAGCAGUGGUGGCGGUGUACCACCGGAAUUAAGUCCAAGGGUUGUUGAUGGAAUUGAGGAUGAAAAGCAGUACAAGUGUCAGUCAUUUGAUUUCCAUAAUUCGAUGCAUCCUCGACGAAGAGGCUCUUCUAUUCUAGAAAACCGAAAGGGGAUCAUUGAACAGUAUGAAAUGGAUAUGCACAAUUACACAUCACCCCAACUUGCAGUUCAAAGGUCAUGUUCUUCAGAAUCCAUGAAUACUGAGGAACUUCGACAUGAAAUUGAAUCCACACGAAAUAGUGUAGAAAGGCUGGACAAGCAGGUAUUUAAUCUCAGUCAAGACGUCACCAACCUAAGUCAGGAUUUGAAAUCAAUUCUUAGGCUUCUUCAUGUAAUCUCCCCACUACCGCCCUCACCAAAUAGUCCUGAAGUCCAGGGGACAAAUCACUUGCAAACACAUCCAAAAGUGUUGACUGUGAAAAUUGAACAAAGUGGAAACCAAAGAUAUGAGGAUAUUAUCCAUGUACAGAGACAAGAUGGACUCUUGGAAACCAGUAUUGGUAGUGGGAUUUUAGGCAAUCUGGACAAGGAAACCGUCCCAGAAAAGCAGUCCAGUAAAAACCCAACAAAUGUUACCUUACUUCCGCAACCGUCAGACAGACCCGAAUUGGGGAGGGCGGUGGCAACUGCAAAGUCACGGGAGGAUGACUCUGGACAGUACGAUUCAGAAAAUGGAACAGAACUGUAGAUGGCGUCAAACUAUGGCAUACGACUAUGAGACAUUUUAGAAAUACUGUACAUCCAGCAAAGGUUAUGGGGUCAUCAUUACAAACAAAGAUGAUUUUGAAGCCUAUGCUGUUCUACUAACAAAAAAGUUAAUUACAGAAGUGGUGCCAGCGUAGUUGGGGGCUGAGGGAGGGGGACAGGGCACAUGACCCCUGUCAGGAAAAGAAGGCAAUCAUUUCUUCAGGGAACACUGUUUUGCAAAAGCAUUUUUAGGGUCUGAAAGGGAUAUUCAAUGCAUAUUCUGAAAAUUUGCUCACCUUAGCCUCCUAAAAUAUGUUGAUGGUUUAUGUAUAUUGUGUGUCAGGGAUACCUUAUACCCUAUUCAGGCUACACUGAGUCAUUGGGAUCGGUUGCGAUGUAGUCGGUGGUAAUUCAAAACUCCCGAUAGCCACCAACAAUUGCUACAACUGAUCACAAUGCAAUGCUAGUCUGAAUAGGGUAUUAGAUUGUGCUUUGGGAGAUUCUCCAGUGCCACAGCUCGUAAAUUGAAACCAUAGAUUUGAAUCACACCCAAUGUGAACAAUUACAGUAGUCUUGUGUAAUCAAAUCUAAACCUAAAGAAACAAAAAACAGCAAAUGUUAUUCAUUUUAAUUGGUAUUUUGGAUUUUUAUGUAUUUUCCACUCAAAUUUUUUACGUGUGAAAGCAAAAAUGUAGUGGAUUUAUAAGAAGCUUAAAUGCAUUUUUUUCUGUUACCUUAAAUUAUUUCUUAAAAAUUGCAAAAAAAUCUGUUUGCAUAAAAAAUGUUUUCUGAUCCUUAUUAUUCAGCAUCUGUGUAGUGGCUAAAAAAUGUUAUGCACUUAAAUUUUAAAGAAUAUAAUUUUUAUACGAGCAUGCCUGUUGGUAAAAAUGAUAGAGAAUGAUGGAGUGAUAGUUGCGAAUCUUGAAAUAUACAGUAGGUUAAGUAAUAUGCAAACUAACAAAUAACGAACAAACAUAUUCUGAUGAAAAAGACCAAUAAAAACUGGAUAACGAUGAUUAUGAUGCUGAUGGUGAUUUUUCAAUACUGUAUAAAAAUUUGAUAUUGAGGUAUAAUUCUGUUGUGUUCUUGAUUGAGGGUCAAGUUGAAGGUUACAGUAGUUCAAGCGGUGUGUAAGUAGGAAAUUAUGUUAAAUGACAUGAAAGAAUAAAUGUGUGUAUCUUUAGCUCGCUAUAAUGCUUCGUUUCUUAAAGUCGGGCACUCACUACAUUGUACGAUGGUCGUACGGCGGUCGGCCGAUGAAUCCAACUCCGUUCCCUGUGAACGCUAGACGAUGUGACACCAUCUACUGAUGUCGGUGGCUGUCUGAACGGAUCGUCAUUACAUUGCAUUCUCCAUGAAUCGCGUCGGCUAAUGGCAGUCGGACAUAGUGAGUGCCCUGCUUAAGACAGUGUGUGUUAAAUGUUGUAAUGGGCUGUGUGUGGUGAUGAGUGGACCAUAGAUUUAUUAUAAGAAAAUUUGAUUGCUAACUAAACAAGGCCUUCAAGAAAUUACACUAACACCUUUCUCGAAUAAGAUCCACGCUAUUUAAAUUGCUUUCAGCCCUGAGGGCUUCAGGCAAUUUUUUCAGGAAAUAAUGGCUCCUUUCUGCUUCUAUUUCUUAUAGGGUACUUAAUUACUUGACUAUAACUGCUUAUUAGCAUUGCAAUAAGUCAGGUAGGACUAAUUAUGUGCAGUAGAUGGCGCCUUUAAGACUACAAUAAUUUAGAAUAUGCACCUUUAUUGAAUGAGUGCCCAACCAAAUCCCCAAAAAAUGUUACGUUUAAUGGAAAAUUUACAAUAUCUAUUUUCCCUCCAAAUUGUUGCACAGAUAUGUCUUCACAGGAGUUGCUUAUAGCAGUAUCUCGUCACGGCAGUAUUGAUUGAUGCAUGCUGUACUAUUUAUAAAUAUGGUUGUGCAUAUUCUACUGCCAUGGAGGCGUAUACACUCCCAAAAAGCUUACAUUUUAGAUAAUGGAAUACAUUUCGAGUAUUCUUAUAAUAAUUGUAUGGUGUGUAUGCAGUUUGUGCUUGAGAAUUUAAACAUAGAGAGUUUAGAGCAAAUUUAAUGAUCAUACUAUUAAAGCUUGGUUUCCAUACAAUCGCUACACAGUCGCUACAGCAUUUUUACUGCAAUCCUUGCACUGCGUGGCUUUCCCAGACACAAUCGGGAACACUCCCUCAUUCAAAGGACCAAUCAGCAUCGCUAAAGUAGACGGCGAUAGCGCGUAGUGAUUUUUAUGGAAACCAAGCUUGAAUGUACCAAAUCAAGAUCUUUUUUAAGGUUUUAGAAUUCACAAAAAGUCCCUAUUUAAUGUUUGCCCUUAUGCCAUUAAAUAAAAUAAAAAAUUGCCUACAGUAAUUUGUAUAAUAUUGAUGUUCUUUUAAUGUUGAUAAAAUUAAAUUUUAUCUUUUAAAUUAUUGACGAUCAUUUAACUAAUAUUUUCCAAUAUGUUUACAGCUCUUCAGGCCUUGUUAUUAAACUAAAUGUAGUGUGCAUAUUGCAGUAACGCAUUUAUCCAGAAGUUAAUAAUACUGUACAUGUAAAUAAUGCUGAUCAAAUCAACCUCAUUAAACUACUAUAGUUCUGAUAAACAUUUGAUUUCAUGGACAGUUUUAUAGCACAAAAGUAUUACUAUUAUCACACAAAUAUGAUUUAUACAGGUCAUGAAAACGAUUUUACUGUUAAAAAAGUGGUAUUUAAAGAUAUAUUUAUAUAAACUUUAUAUUUAUGAAUAUAUAAUUAUUUAUAAAUAUAUCUCACAAGGAUAUAUCAGAAAAGUAGUUAAAAAACAAUCAGCAUGUGUCAGUAAAUAAUUAUUGAGUUUUUUAAAUAAAAAUGUGAUUUUGAUAUAUUUUUUAAACAGGUUUAGUCUGUUAAUACAUGGUAAAUUUAUAUUAACAACACACUGAAGGAAUUUCUCUUUGAUGCUAAACAAUGCUUAACAUGAUUCUUGCAAUAACACAAAUUUAGUUGUUUGUGGCAACCACAAACAUUCACUAAUACAUCAUCAUUAUUAUGACACUUUGUCUCUAACUACCUUCUCGGACAGACAUUAAUAUUACAAAAAAAUAACUGCACAAAAGUAAAAACAAUUUUAAGACUUUUGCAUUACAUUGAUAUAUACAGAUUGCUAUUGUAGUUUUUUUGUUGUUAUGUUAUGUUGGGGUUUUUUACAUUCUGGCUUCUAAUGCUUCUGUUGACAUUGAUUAAUGCACAAAAUAAAUAUGCCUUUUACUUCAUUUUAAAUAUGGUUGUACUUUCACUUAUGAAUAUCAUGAACAAUUUUAACUUUAUAUAAAUAUAAAAAUGCAACAUGUCAUUUGUAAUAUUGAGAAUGUUGUACUUUUUUAUUUUUUAAUGCAGGAAAAAUAUGCUCUUUGAGACAUUGAAAUACUUCUUUAUCUUGUCAUGUGUUGUCAGUCUGAGAGAUAUCUUGUCAUAUAUUUUUUUUAAAGCGAUUGGCGUAGCAGUUAUGUUUCAUUCUCCCAACCUUCCUUGAGGUCGGAUGUUCCAACUUUUGCUGUGAAUUUCGCUUGUGUCCUUGGGCAAGGUACUUUAUCUAUGUUUGUCUCUCUCUCCACCCAGCAAUAUAAGUGGUACCUGGUGUGAUGAUGUGGCAUUGAAUGUAUCAGUCUGCGCCGGCAUUAAAUUGCCAGCAUGACUAGGAAUACUCCCAAGGAGUGGAGGAGGUUGCACUGUGUGCCGGUUUGCCAAAUGACCAGGGGUAAUAAUAAAAAAAAAAAAACAUCGCCUGCGCCUUGUAAACCUAGGCAAAAUGUGCGGUAAAAAUCCCUAUAUUAUUAUUAUUAUUAUUAUUCAUUUUGAAAUUGUAUAAUGCGAACAUCAUUUCAAAAAUCAGAUUUAAAAAAUAAAAUUUAUGAUAUUUUAAAGUAUACAGUUAUUGAUAAGAAAAAAAAUGAUCAAAUGGUGGUUUAAUACAUGUGUAAAAUUAACUAAUUAAACCUUACAAUCGUUGGUGCUUUUCAAUGUAUGUAUUAACUAAACUUUCAAAAAGAUGUUUUUAAAUUAUUUGACUAUUUCAAAUGAGUACAUAUUGGUACAUAAUUUACUAAAUAUCAAAAUUCAGAGUACAAAUUCUCGUUUUGUCUUGCUGGUGAUUGUGAUCCUCGGUUUUUUGACAUAUUAAUUUAUACCUUUUUGAUGUGUGUUUACAUCAGGAAAAUAUCGUAGGAGUGAUAUUUUGCCCUACCUGACGUGUUAUUGUACUGAAUACUCAGUACGUUCCAAAAUAUAAUUUCCAAAAAAUUAUUUCAUGAUUUUAAUUUUGUUUUGUUGAUAUUUGUAAUGAAUCACUUUCUUCCAUUGAAUCAUCUGUCUGUUGCAACUAUCAAAUCAGUUUCGAAAAUCUGAUGUUUUACUCAACUAUAAUCUUAAACAUUAGCACACAAAAAAAUAGUAAAAUAUUAUUUUACUAUUUUAGGGAAAUUGGCACAGAUAAUAAGUGUUAUUUUAAUAAUACUCUAUUGGGAUAUAAGGUAUUCAGUUUUAAGCAACAAACAAACUUAUAUACAGUAGUUUGUGCUCUGCUAAUAUUUAUGAACAAAGUAUAUCACAUCUUUUGGAUGAAUCUUUCAGAAUUAUAUACUUUUAAUUAUUGUGUGGAGUGUAUCAUGGAUUACACCAUGUUAAUGAAUUUUUUGUUGAAAAAAAUCAAAACUGUUAAAUACGCAAUUAUCUUAAAUCAUAAUAAUAUGUAAAAUAUGUUUUUAAACAUGCUUGUUAUUAAACUAUUUUUUCAACAUUUAUUUAUUUAUAUAUUCCUUGGCCUGUACUGCCAUUGACUUUAAGUAUGUGCCUGCCUACAGUAUUUUCCAAUUGAUAUAAAAGUUGUUUAAUAUAUUUACCUUUUUAUCUCUUGUACAUAUGUUAUAGUGCAAUGUUUUAUUGUUAAAUUUAUUGCAAGUAUCAUAUUUAAGAGCAUGUAUAUAAUGAUACUCUUUUUGUAAUUAUGCAUUCAUUGGGUAAUUGUCCUCAAUUUCUUAACUCAUGUUCAUCACCCAUGUCGUUUUCAUUGUUGAUUGGGCGCCAUAUUGGAGAGCAUUAAAUAUCAAUACUGAAUUUAA